AUGUAUGCCAAUGGGCGGCACACAAAUGUUAGAAAUAUAAAGAAUACAAACAUAGAUCGAGAAAUGUUUACGACAGAAAGUCCAAUCACAGAAAACUGUACUUUCCCUUACAUUGAUCCUCUGGAUCCAGCCAUUAUGGCUUUAGCUAAAGUAUAUCCUACAAUUAAUUGCCAGCAGGGAAUCCCCCAUUUGGUCUAUCUAGACAGAAAUACAAUCAAGGUCAAUCAUUCCAAAACUGCAUUUUUCCAGAAAAACAAUCAAACCUUUAAUGAAUGCAGAUAUAAAUCCGUGGACAGGAAGCAGUGGUCUGACUUCUGGACUGUGGUCUUAAAUACGAGUGCCGGGUUCAACGACUCCAUCACUCUUAGGGACGGUGAUAAUUAUGUCAUUGUAGAGUGCUAUGAUAAUCACAAAGUCGUGCUUACGCGGUCCUACUUCACGUUGAUUCGUCCCAAGAAAGACGUGGAGAAGCUACUGCAGGAUAAUCUGAAGAAGCACAUCAGUGAAUUCGCGCCCAAAGAAGUUUUGAGUGUGUUGCUUAUUGGCAUUGACGGAAAUUCCAAACAAAAUUUCCAGCGUUUAAUGCCAAAGACCAGAAAUUUUCUUCUCAACGACCUUAUGGCCAUUGAACUUCAUAAGUACAACACAGUCGGGGGUACAACUAUCGACACGGUCGUUCCUAUUCUCACAGGACUUCAUUUCCGGGAACUAAAACGAGGUAACUGGACAGAGAAGAAACAUUUUGAUAGCAUCAACGACCUGUUCUUGUGGAGUGACUUUCGGAAAGCUGGAUACAGAACUGGUAUUUUCUUUGACCACGCACGGAUCACCGCCUUCCACUACCUGAAGCCAGGGUGGACCACAUUACUGGAGAUGGAAAAAGAUAAACUAAUGAGAAGUAAUGGCGGGCGGUGUGUGGGAGAUGUAGCGGAGAUAACUCUGAACCACAACUUCUGGAUUCAGAUGGCCUCCACGUUCAACAACUCGAAAAAUCAACCAUAUUUUGGCUACAG